AGAGCUGUUUUUAUUGAUCACUUCAAGUCGAUUGUGGUUUUGCAUACAAAUUGAUGCGAAACGUCACCCCAUCGCAUUUAUGACUCUCCUACAUCAGUAUACAUGUAAUGUUGUUCUGUAUCAUUGUGUAUUUGUUUAAUCAAGCCAGUAUUUCAUCUGCCUCAUUGGACUGGUAGCGUGAUGAGAAUAAACUCAAAUUACUGAAAAUGAUCAACCCAUUCAUUUCUGAUCAAAGAGCUAGAUGAGGGAUUUAGACAUUUUUUAAAAGCACACAAGGAUUCGUUCUCUUUUCUAAACAUUAGAUUUUGCAGAAAUAAAAUAAAAUAUCUGCUUUAGGCAAAAACAUCUUUUGGGACCAGAGAACUCACUUCCAAGUUUCAAAUUUCCAUCCUUGAGAAGAGGUGGCAGAAUUGGCUACGGAAAUCACUUUGCUUGUGCAGGCUUUUUGCAUCCUCUGCUUCAUUUGCCUUUCUAAGGACUUUGUAUAGAAGACCUUGCUUCUUCCCAAUCAGACAAUCGUCCCCAAAUCCUUAGGAAAUGGACUUCUCUGGCUGUGCUCCUGUAAGGAGGGCGAAUGCAACUGCAUACCACCCCAGGGAGACAGAGUUCAACAGUUCCUCAAAUUUGGAUGUUGUUGCUUUGUACGUUUUGCUGGAGGAAUGGUCUCUUACCCCAUCAGGCACAAACAUGAAGAUGUUUUUAAUCCCUCCGGUUGUCUGCCUCGUGGCAGGUGUCCUCAUCAUUCCUGCCAUCUUGUUUGUGAUCUUCUCUAGGUUGAGCAUCCGUCGGGAAACAAGGUACAUGCUGCUGGGAAAUGCUCUGCUUGCUGAUCUGAUCUACCUUGUGUUCUACACCCUGUCAGCUGCUCUCAAUGCAGCACACGUACAUCUCCCAAAGGAAGCUUGUAUCCUUCUAUUAUUUUUGCUGGCAAUGGCUUACUGUGGAGGAUUGUUCACAGCUGCUGCAAUAGUCUUGGACACAUACAUAGCUAUUUUGUUUCCUUUGCGCUACAAUGCUAUUUUGCCUCCUUCAGGAACAAAAAAAUAUAUUGUCUUACUAUGGAUAAGUUCUGGGGCUUUUCCGGGGAUUUUCUUCUUGGUGCUAUUGAGCACUCACAGCUUUGUGCCCUGUGUCCUGGAAAUGUGCUUGGUUCCAGUAAUACUGAUACUAACUCUGAAUGGGAGUGAUGCUGUGAAACUCUGUUUCUGGCUUUCCACCACGGUUAGCUUUCUCUGCCUCUCUCUAAUAUUUUGUUGUUAUAUUAUGCUGUAUUUUAAAACCAAACAAUCAGGUAUAUGGGAGAAUAUCUGCUCCAGAGCCAGUGUAACAUUCUUAAUGCACAACACUGUGUUGGUUUUUUAUUUCUUUCCACUCUUGGGCUUUUUGGUAGAAUCAUUCUUGCAUGUUAAUGUUGCCAUCAGACUGCAGAUGGGAAUGUGGGUCUCCCUGACAAUCUGCAAUGUCCUGACGAUUCUGCCUAAAGUUCUGUUCCCUCUUCUGUAUGGGCUUCGAUACAGAGAGAUCUCAGCAUCUCUCAAAUCCAUUGUCAGAAGGAAGCAUCUUCGCCUGGUGUCACCUGCCCCAUCACCUGCUCCAUCCCCAUCCUGAGCCAACGCAGAGCACAGCCACAGCAGAGGAGUUGUCCUUGCCUUGGUAGCAUGCCAGCCUGAUAGAAAUCCUGCAGCUUCUGAGGAAGUGACCUGAAGAAGAAGUGAUCUGAAGAAGUGAUAAACCCAUGUCACAGAAGACAUGGGUUGAUCACUCUGCCCCCUUGAUGCCAGAAGGCCACAGAUCUUGCACCCACAUCACAGCUGAGAAUACAGUGAAUGCUACACUGGACAGAGUUCUAAGCUUUUUUCUGAUGUGGGAGAACAAUUUAUUUUAGAGGAGAUACUGAAUCAAGAUCAUUUUCACCCACCCUUGGCAGAUGCCUUUCUAGAAAACAGAAAACAAAAAAUAGGUGAUGCAAAGCAAAGGGAGUAACCACAGGUCUCUUGACAGGAUCGCUUAUAGCAGAGAGGAUCCUUAGCCAAAUGUGCUGUGAACAGAGCAGCUGUUUCUUUCCCUCACAGUGUGUUCUUGCAAGGUUGAUAGCCAGUGUCCUGUUCUUUAAAACAUACACUGAGAGAUGCCUCUGGAACCUGCUGUACUCAGUGAAAAGCUGUGCUUCCUCUUGUGCAGCGUGCCAGCGUGUUAGAUGCCUUACGGAUUCUUUCUGACAAUCUGUAAAACACCGAAUUUUUAUAAAAUCUCAGUCUGAUGGGAAGUCACCUUUGAUCAGUGUCUGUUGGGCAGCCCAGCACAGGACACUGUCAGGAGUAACAAAGAUGGAUGAGCUCCGUGUCAGAGCUGCUGCUAUGUAUCUGCCACCAAACCCCUAGGAAGUUCAGGAGAGACUGCAGAGCCUGUUGAUGUACUCAGGGACAAUAAUUAUUAUAUCUUGUAAGAGCCUUGGAUGUUUUCCAGAUCAGCCACCGACCUACAGAAGAUGAGUGAAAUGUUUUUCUGAUCUUUAAAGAACCCAACAUGUCAUUAGACAUGAACUUAAAUGCGAGAAAUUUAAAUUGCAGUGCCAUUCCUUGGACUCGAGAAAAGAGCUUUUGUAUUUCUGAAGAGAAUAUUUUUAGCAUUUGUUGCUUUAUAUAUACAGAUACAUCGGGCUUUAAAAAAAUGGCAUUAGAAAGCAGCCGUUGAUUUCAGUCUGUGCAGUAUUAUAAUUGUGUGCAGCCUCUCUCCACCUCCUGUUUGCUUAAAGCAAUACACAGCAAGUGCUGAGUGUGGCUUUGAGGUGUUUCAUGCUCAUCCAAAGAAUUCCACUAAGUGUGAGCCAGGAGGAGAUGGGUGUCUGGUUGCAUGAGAUUUUUUUGGCAGUGGAGCCUGUUUGAGAAGUUUCUGCUUAUCUCUUCUCUCCUCCUUUCCGAACUGCUUGCUACUCUCCUCACAUUGCAGUGUCUGCUCUCUCCAGUUUGCUGAUACAACUGCUUCUGGGGUCGCAGGCUAAAAAUAUCCUUCCAGAGAGAAAUGGUGUUGUUUUCAUUUUAACCGAGAUAAUCCCAGCAAUCUGUUUUAUAGCAUGUUCUGCAAAGAGCUGUGUCAGCACAACUGAGGGGGCAACAAAUUCCAAUUCAGCAGUGGAAAGGAGCAGGGGCAUCUUAGAGCCUAAGGGACAGUUCUUGUGUAAAAGCAUCUUUAAGGUAAAGUUGUUGCAGGUGAAUAAAUCAGUUUUUGUGUAUUUGUUUUAACCAUAGUUCUGUGCUUCCCCUAUUUUGACCCAAAGGAGCGUUAAAUUCCUGAGUAGUUGCUUUGUUUUCCAGGAAAAACAAAACAAAACAUUUCUUCUCAGUCCUCUUCAAUAAAAAAGUAUGACCUAAAAGCUGUUUAUUGCUGGCUGCUUUUAUUUUUCUCUAAGAUGAAUGUACUGUAGACAUUCAGCACACAAACUACAUUUGUGUAAAAACUUUCAUUUCAGCCUGUAAUAAGGCUCUUCCAUAACACGAGGAAGGAGGGGGUAAGUGUCUGUAUACUGGAUCAGGUGCAUUCUGCUAAAUCCCUCCAGCCUGUGGUAUAAUCAAGAAUGGAAAUGGGACCUUUAACUCCAAAGGCCACUCAUAUCUUUAUAGCAAUGCCCAUUGGCAAAGAUGCUGAUAACUUACGGGUUGUUUUGUCCGUAGAAGAUUAUUUCAGGCUUUAUUACCUGAAGUUCACUGAUAUUAUAAAUGUUCACACUAGGUAGUAAAGAUAACUGUGCAAAUAGUACGAAGUAAGGUAGUUCUAUUUAAAGCCACAGGUGACUUUGAAUACCUGCAGGUUAAUUGUAUUUGAUCUUCCUGCUAACCUUUGUCCAUUAUGAAGUUAAUCCAGGACAGACCUGGAUAGGAUUGUAUUGCCAAUUCUGUAACUU